AUGAAGUCGGAGAAGAAACAGCCUGUCGACUUAGGGCUGCUGGAGGAGGAUGACGAGUUUGAGGAGUUCCCAGCUGAAGACUGGGCUGCUUUAGAUGAAGAUGAAGAUGCACAUGUGUGGGAAGACAAUUGGAAUGAUGACAGUGUGGAAGAUAAUUUCUCCAAUAUGCUAAGAGCUGAACAGAAAAAUAAAAUACAGUCUGCUGCCCCACUACAGGGACAAUCAGAAAUAAUGGCACAUCAAGCACCACCACUCCAAGUGAAUGAAGAUGCUGCAGCAGCAGCACUUCGUGGGUUGAUUCCUCUGUGUGACAAUGCCUUGCUGUAG